UGCGGUGCUUUCAUUUUCAGCUGUUAUCUGUCCGCUUAGUUUGUUUUCUAUUGUAUAAUUUUCAUCUGACCAACUAACAUCUCUCGGGAAAAGCAGCAGCCAGUGAUGUUCCUUCGUUCCAUAAACCAGUCGGGCUCUCUUGUGCGUCGUUUCAUUGGCACUAGUCAAAUACGCAGGCAGGGAAUCAACAACCAUGAGCCCAACAAUUUGGAAAAACGUUUCUUGGUAUGGACGGGGAAAUAUAAGACCAUCGAAGAAGUACCAAACUUUGUGAGUCGCGAUGUAAUGGAGCGCACUCGCAAUAAAGUUCGCAUUCGUCUGGCCAACAUUAUGAUGGCUCUUACUGUGGUCGGCUGUGGCAUUAUGGUGUAUAGCGGCAAGGAGGCAGCUAAACGUGGUGAGAGUGUCACCAAACAAAAUCUAGAUUGGCACAAACAGUACAAUGAGAAAUACGCUAAUAAGGAAGCUAAGGAAUAAAAAUUUACUGUUUGCAAAACCAAAAAAAAAAAAAAAAACAAAGUGCAUAUUUUUGAUAGAUAUUAAUGGUGAUCUUUGCAAUGCAUAUAACGCGGUUCCUCCAUCGAUAUUUAAAUGUUUCCUUUUUUUCGAAUUUUAAAUAAAUUAUAACAAGUGUUUUAUGGAAUACAAA